AUGGACGGUCGGGAGUUCUCCUUGCAGAUCGAGUGGGAGGGUCGCGUGGAGGGCCUCCGGAUGUCUCUGGGCACACGGCUGGGGAUCAGUUCGCAUCGAGUGAAGCUCGCUUUGGGGGCCGAGGUUCUGAAGAACGAGUUGACUGCCAGGGCCUGCGGCCUUUCGGACGGAUGCGUUGUCAACGUGGUGAUCUUGCCGCCGCUGUACGGCACCCUGGGGCGUGCAGGAGUGGCCGCACCCGGGGAGGUCGUCGCCGCGAAGAUGGAGCUUCAUGAUGCGCUGGCUCAAGCGGGCAAGCUGACGCCGAUCCACACUUGA